AUGAAGGCAUCUGCCACCUCUUCUCAUGCACACGUCCCCCGUCCACACAGGUUGGUCCACAUAUCGCUCAGAAACAACCAGAUUGAUGACGAGGGGGCCAGACUCAUCAGCCAAGCCCUGCAGAGCCUGAAGGUGACCAACAAGAACCUGGCCGCUCUGGUCCUCAGCUACAACCACAUCUCAGACCAGGGGGCCGGGGACAUUGCCCAGGCCUUACGAUUCAACCGGUCACUGCUGUCCCUCAACCUGUCCAGUAACCAGAUCGGGGAUCAAGGGGCGCGCGCCUUGGCCGAGGUGCUGGGACACUUUCCACUAAGACAUACAGAAAUAGUGGAGAGGAGGCGACUGUUACUGGAGAAGGAGGCUCAGGAGCAGCCACGAUCGCCGGGCACAUCACGCCACGCCGAUUCCAAGAGUGAGCGACCACUCAGCCACCACAGCAACUCCGCUGCGGAGAAAGCAGAGAAGUCCCAGGCGCAGAAGGCGAAAUCGAGCGUCUCAAAGAAGAAGGAGAAGGAUCCUCAAAAGAAGGAAGACAAAACGAAUGUCAGCAGUGUGGCGAGUGGAGCUUCUACCGUUACAACUCAACCUGGACCUGCUAAGAAAGAAGACCCAAAAACCAUCAAAAAACAGACAGCCGGCUCUGACCUAAAGAACGCAAGAGGAAAACCAGUUAAGUCUGCCUCCAAGAGGGCGCCAUUACUAGAGCAUGAGCAGGCAGAGGUAACAGAAGUCGUUAACCCUUUGCUGGAACAAGCUGACUAUCGAGAUGGGAAAGUUUAUCUCCCUGGAAACAAAGUUCUGAUCAGUCUGAACCUUUCACGGAACAGGGUCACGGAGGAGGGGCUUAAAGGCUUUCUGACCGCAAUAGAGGCUCAGGUCCAGGAGGCUAAACCUGCAGGGGCCAGGACUCACACAGGACUAUUGAGGCUAUCUUUGGCGAAGAACCGGUUUCCAGCAGACUGCUCAACCUUUGCCCAGAUCCAGGAGAUGAUGCUGUCGCGGGACCCCAUCCACAAGUCCUCCAGGUCUUCUGUAGACGAGCAGAUGAUGUAACCCGGGAUGUGCAGUGACAUCAUUGCUG